ACCUCCUCUCAGGAGUCAGCAAACGGGAAUAAAGGAAUAAAAAGCUGAGCAGGACCCUCUUCAAUCAUAAAACCUUUUUUUUUUUGUCUUAGUCUGUGUUUUCUGCAUUCUGAUAUGGCUUUCAGACUGUUUUUAGCUCUCUCUGUGAUGCUUUUCCUGACAGCCUGCGAAGCUGGAAAGCAGAUGCCCAAACUAUCAAAUAAGAAACUCUGCGCUGACUCUGAAUGCAGUCAUCCGAUCCUCAUAGCCCGGGCGCUUCAGGACUACUACCCUGGAGACUGCAGGUUCAUCCCCAUCCGACAGGGGCAACUCGUCUAUGUUUAUGCAAUGCUGAAAGACAGAGGGAAUCUCUUCUGGGCUGGCAGUGUACAAAACACAUAUUAUGGAGAACAGGAGGCUCGCAUUGGUCAUUUCCCUAGCAGCGUUGUGGAGGAAACACAUGCUCUCAUGCCAGCAACCACUGAAGUCAAAACUACUAACUGGGACUUCUACUGCUACUGAUGCUGAACGGACACACAGAGAAAACAACAAUAUGCAACAGCUGUCCUCGACACACAAUUAUGGUCUAAUCCAUGUUAGCUCGUCUCUAAAUAAGUUUUUAAAAAUCAUGAAAUGAUUUAUGGGUGUCAGAAAUUGUAUUCUGAUAACUUUGUCAAUGAUAUGCUUUGAUUACUGAUCUUUGAUUUCGAGGUGGAGAUAUUUUCCUGUUAAUAUUAUGUAUCAAACUUGGGCUCCUUUUUCAUGUUUUUCUAUGUUCUUGUUAUUUGGUAUUUAAGUGAGAUUUACUUUACACAACAUGACUUAACAGAAUUUAAUCUGAUUUUCUGUCAAAAUUAAAUAAAUCUUAUCUGUAUUUAAACAUGUAAUCAUCUUUAUCUUAAAUUAUUUAGAAGAUAGUUCUCCUACCUAUGCUAUCUGUGACACUUUGGCUUUUCAUACUUUCAGUUUUACAGAUAAUAAACAUUUCAACAAAAACUGUAAAAAUGUCAAAUAAAUGUUUUUUUUUAACUGUGUUAUGCUUAGACAUACAGUAUAUGUAGGACACUUGGAUUUAAAAAAAAAUCCAAGACAAGGUAAAUUUUUACUGUCUGGCUGUCAUUCAGUUUUUGUUUUUGAUUGUGUAAUAAUUUGUAAAACAACAAAUAAAAUGUUUUCCACAUC